AUGCCGUUGAUCGUCGUCACCGGCCUCCCCACGUCGGGCAAGACGACGCGCGCCAAGCAGCUGCACGACUACCUCGCCGCGCGCAUCGACGACGCCAAGCAGCGCCUGCACCUCGUCUCGGACGACUCCCUCUCCAUCUCGCGGGCCGUCUACGACCUCUCGCCCGACAAGGUGCCCGCCCACACGCGCUCGGCCAAUGCGUCGGAAAAGGACGCCCGCGCCGCCGUCUAUGGCGCCGUGAAGCGCGUGCUGUCGGACCGCGACUUUGUCAUCCUCGACGGGCCCAACUACAUCAAGGGCUGGCGCUACCAGCUGCACUGCGAGGCCAAGGCGGUGCGCACCCCGAGCUGCAUCCUGCAGAUUGGCUGCUCUCCCGAGACCGCCCGCCGCGUCAACCAGGAGCGCCUGCGCGACUGCCCCGACGAAGCCUACGAGCCCGCCAACUGGGACAAUCUCGUCUUCCGCUACGAGGAGCCCAACCCCAUGGCCCGCUGGGACAGCCCCCUCUUCACCCUCAUCUGGGACGACGACGCGGCGCAGACGCGCAAGACCUUUGACGCCCUGUGGGAGGCCCUCGCCGGCGACGGGCGACCAGCCGUGCGCCCCAACCAGGCCACGGCCCCGCGCGGCCGCGACGCCGGCGGCGACUACCUGUACGUCCUCGACCGCGAGACGCAGGACAUUGUCAGGCGCAUCCUCCGUCACCAGGCCGACGCCGCCGACACCGCCGAGGUCAAGGUGCCGCGGAGCGGGGGCCAGGAGGAGCUGGUCGUCGAGCUGCCGCCGGGCAAGACGCUGGGCCUGCCGCAGCUGCAGAGGCUCAGGCGGGCCUUUGUCGGGCUCAACAGGGGGGGCAUCGGGCUGGAGUCUGUGGGCAACAUGACCUCGGACGGGCUGCGGGAGAUGUUUGUGCGCUAUCUCAACGAUGCGUUUGAAAAGGACGAGUAG